AGCCCACUGACAUGUCCCAAUACCUCCUCUUGGAAUCCGUAUGACUCUAAAAUAUCAUUAAACAGACAAAAAAACCCUCUGCUGUCUUUCACUAGCAACAGUCCCUGCCUUUCUGUGUUUGAAGUCACUGGAUGGUCACAGCAACCACUGCUGCUGGUUUGUGGUGGGGGAUGAGUUGGAACCAGUGUAUGAGAUCCUGUUGGAUUCCCUCUUUGGUCAGGAACACUUCCAAAGAUACAGAACCUCACAGAGAAAAAUCCUGCUGCUGAAGCUGAUCCCUGUGUUAGAAUUCUGAGUGAUAGCAGCCCCAGAUACCUGCUGUCCUUGUACACGUGUUCUAAAAUCAGGAUGGUUUGUGCUCCCAUUCCUUGCCCCGGGCUGGGAGGGGCUCUGGGUGAAUGUUCUUGUUCUCUGAGGGAGCUGGAAACCCCCUUUCACCACAAGGUCUCGUGAAGUGUUGUAAGAGUUUGGGUUCUGGGAAAAGAGCUCGGGCAGGAAAUGUGUCAAAAGCUCCUGAAAAGCUCGCCCUCAGCUGGCUGUGUGUGUACCCAGCCUGAAAUGGGACAUGGGCAUGUUUGUUCAGAGGAGUUUUCCUGGACUUCCAUCACUCUCUUCGUUUUCUUUAUGGGAAGCUUUUCCCUAAAGGAAUUUCUUAAAAAUCCCAGCAAAGCCCCCACACAAAUAAACUCCCCCUGUGUGUGCUGUGAUUUAUGUAGUCCAUAAACCCAGCUGGGCAGACUGGGGGUGCCUGCAAUCCCAUUUCUCUGGGGUUAAGAAACACAGUUUUCUUACACUUCCAGUACCUCAGUUCACCAAAAUGGUGUUCUUAAGAGGCAAGAACCUGACUUCAGCCAACCUAAGCUGAAGCUGCCUUACUCUUUUUAGACUAACAGCUCCAGAGAAUGCAGGUGUCUUUCACAGUUUCCUGUUUUUGGUGAAUUUAAAUAAAAAAGUGAAGUUGCUUAACUUCCACCAUUGUGUAAGGCCACGUCUUAUUGGCAUUUGAGCCUUCAGCUGGUGUGACAGACUCUUCUCACAAAGCAAGUGGUUAAAGUGGUGUGCUGACACUUGGGGAGUUUUCCAGCAGCACUUCCAUGGUGGGAGCUUCUCUUCUGUCAGUUAACGCUCUGAGAGAAUGGGAGGCUUUUCCUCAAAAGCAGCUCCAGUUACACCAGAACCCAUUUACCCUACAGUCACUGUCCCUACAUCUGCCCACACCCCUACAGAUGAUUUCAGAGCUGCAGAAGUCAGAUGCUGGAUUAAUAACCAUGAAAUACUGUACAUGUCACUGGCCUUCAUCUCUGGCAUCCUCCUGACUGUCCUGGUUUUUGCAAUCAUCUUCCUCUUCAGGAAAAGUUCUAAAAGAUCCCACCAAAAUUUACAAGAGGAAACUUUCUCCCAGAUGGCAGCUGAGGAAUCUCUUAGGAACACCCAGAAUGAAGUGACCUACAGCACUCUGGUCUUCCAGCAGGGCAGGACACCACUGCCUGUGUGAUGAGGAAGUUCCAAAUGAAAUAGAAAUGAUCCCACUUUCUGGACGUCAGAAGCCCUGAGGAUGUUACACCAAGGGAAUGCCCUGGGAAUGCCCCCAUGCCCUCUGUAACACAGCUCUUUUUGUAGCUAUGGCAGGAAAUUGUCUGCUGUUCAAACUGGCUGCCAACAGCUCUGGGCAAAUGGAGAGUUUCUAUACAGGAUUUCCUCAUCUGUAGAAAUCUCCCUGCCCUUGUAAAGUUUCCGUUUGUGAGAACUACCAGAGAGAAGUGAGAAAUGAAAAUGUUUCUCUGUGUCUAUCCA